CGAUCUCUUCGCAGAAGUCGCUCGUUUGCCUUCAUUGCAAUACUCCCUCGUUUACUUUAUUGGCAGCCGUAUACCUUACCUCAGACCUGUGAAGAGUCAGAUUUAUCGACUAUUUAUAUCUUUCAAAGAUAUAUAAUCGAGACAAACCUCAAACAACAGCAAAGAACAACAACAACGACAACUACAAAAUCAUCUUCAAAAAACUUCAAGAUGUUUUCUUUCGGGUUUCCCCUUUUCCUUGCCGGCACCGCUGUCGCACAGACCACCACCAUGGCUGUUUUCUUCCCCGGCCUUGAAUCGAGCGACAGUUACGAUGGUGUCAAGGGUUCUAUCGUUGGCGUAGAGAACUCACUUACUACCGUUGCCUUGAGUUGUGACUACGACUCGUACAUUGAGGACAAGUGCGACUACUAUUUUGACGAUUACACUGUCACCCUUGGUUCGAACACCUAUGAGAUGGUCACUUUGUAUGAGGAGAACGACUACACGGAGACCUACUCGAUGGGUUGUUCCCUGGCGCCCAAGUCUGCUGUGUGCACGUUCAGCUACUCGGGCGAUAACGACGACUGGGAAGACUACUGCGUCGACUCCUACACUAGCCAGGACCCCGCCGAGGUUGCUAGCUGCAUCCUCGACUACUCGACUCACCAAAACGCUCUUACCAUCACCACCAUUGGCGGGUCCGAGAUGACGUACAUGACUGUUACCGUCGCUGACGGUGCUGAGCUGCUCACAUCUGCUACUGCCGGUGCUGCCGCGUCGAAGACUGGCAGUGCCUCCGCUACUGCUACGCCCGCUGCCUCUUCGUCUUACAGUGGUGGUGCUUUCGCAUCUGACCACGAUGUCACUUUCACCUCUUCUCCCACUGGCCUUGCGGCUACCCCAACCAGCACCCCUAUCGCGAAGCAGGGCAGCAACUCGGCCGUCAGCGUCCGUGGUGGCGCCUAUUUGACCGGCCUUGUUGGCUUCGUGGUGGCCGUCUUCGCCUUGUAAGGGACAGGGACUGCUGCUACACGAACACAUGGAAAGAAAAGAAAAGAAAAAAAAGGAAAGAAAAAAAGUUGAUGGAGAAACUGAAAUACGUAAUGUUUAAGGGGUCUACCAACCGUUGGACAGGACGAAUAUGUGUACCGAUAAUUGAGGUUUGAUGGGCUUAGGAGAUGAAUAACAUGAUGUCAAUGAAAGGAAGAAGUUCUACACCUACU